AUGAUGGGCCUGUUGAAGGCAAGGUUACUCCACAGGACGAUCACCCUUGGGACGACGGUGUCUGCUAUGGCGAACGGUCAACUGCACUCGAAAUCAGCGCUUCCUCUACGCGUGUUACAGCGUCGUAAACGCUGCCGAACAAAAUCGCCAAGCCAAAUCUUGCGCCGAAUGACAGCUACCGCACGCCACUCCUCCGCAUCUCAAUAA